GAAUGAAAGAAAUAAAACAGUUCUCAAUUUGAUGAAACAUUUGACAUGCAACUUUGAAAACUAUAUCAAAAGAACUGCUACGGUAUCUGAUAUAUUUUAAGGUGAAGAAACUUAAUUUGUAUCAGCUUAAACAUUAAAUCAUACGUGUACAUACAUGUUUAUGUGUAUUACAAAAUGAAACGCACUUGAAGAAGAAUGACGUUACAGUUAUGAUGAAAUCAAGGUUGAUCAUGAAACGAAAUAAUUUUGUUUUGAUCGGCAUUGUUCUGGUAGUAUUUCUCUUGACAACCAUAUUGUUUGUACCAGAAUUUCUAACACAUUACAGCUAUUCCAACGCUUAUGCUGGAAAACAUGCAUAUUUUGGUCCAGUAUCCAGCGACCAGGAUCAAGAAGACGUAAAGUCAAUGCUUCAGCAUUUAUUGUCUGUAUCCACAGUUAUACGUGAUAACAGAUUUGUAGACUCGUCGAUAUUCUGGAUUCAAGAAAAAAUUCAAUCGGAGAAAGCAUUUACCAUAUCAUGGAUGAAUAAGCCAAAUUGGCUGAGUUUGGAAAGUCUCACCCAUUUUCUCGGUCGCCGGUGUACAUAUAAGAACUGCAAAAUGACAGAAUAUAAACAAGACACAAGUUACCCUGAUGCACUCGUAUUCAACACGAAAAACCAGCUACCUAGUUCGUCUUUAUCAGUGUUUAAACUCCGUCCUGGAACUCAAGUGUGGAUUUUCUUCCAGAUGGAGCCACCGUCGCGAAUUACAACGAACUGGUUCCGGCAGGAAAGUUUUAGAUAUGCUUUUAACUGGUCCUGGAGCUAUCGUCUGGAUUCGGAUAUUUUAAGACCAAUCGGAACAUUAAUAAUGAACACCGGUUUUUCCAAUAUAAGCUAUAGUGCAAUAUUACAGAAGAAAACCAAAAUAGCGCCUUGGAUUGUAAGUCAUUUUGGGACACAAACGUUCGUGAAAAGUUCGUCUCUAGUCUUAUACGGGAAGGUGUAA